AGUUAAUUUUUUUUGGUUUUGUAAUCUUCAUUUUUGAAUUUUUACUCAAUCGAUGACAAUAGAAAACGUCACAGCAAAUGUCCACGGCAUCAGCACAGUGAAGCUUCCUGCAGACAACUGUCAAACCAAUUGGAAAACAAAAAAAAGAGACUUGUUUAGCCAAUGUGUUUCUUUGGCUAGUGGUAAGGCUAACAAAACAUUAUAACGCAAUAAUAUACACGAAAUAACGUAGUUGUGGUUAAGGGCCGUGCAAUAGAGCAGUUCUGCACAUGUUUGUGUACAUAUAGACUGCUGUCUAAGAAUCGUGCACACUACGAGUAAAUUGGUUAAACUAAGCCACAGCAUCUACAUUGCUUUAAUACAUACUUUUAGUAAUAAAAAUGGCAGAUCAGCGACCAAGCACUUCUCAACAGCUACCGCGCCAGCAGCAGCAGCAGCAGCAGCAACAACAACAGCAGCAGCAAGAAAAUCGUCAAGGUCGCAAACGUAGACUAUCGAUGAAUCGGAAAAAGGGCAAUAAAAAGGGUGCUCGAAAACAGGACGAAAGUGCGGAACCAACUACUAGUAAGCUCCUUCCUUCGGUCAUACAAAGUUUAACUACUUGUCCCCCGGAAGGUGAAAUGAGUGCGCUCAUUGCUGCUCUGCAACCGUUACCCGUGGAGGUGGACACGGCGCUCAACAUGGUUAAGGACGAUUUGCGUCCGGUGCUUUAUCUACACAACGACCAGGCCACCAUAUAUGAGUUCGGUUCAACUAAAUCGGGUCUGCUGCUGAAGGACAGUGAUCUGGACUUUUACAUACAUUAUGCGCGCGAGAAAAACAACCGUGAGGAUCAGACGAAACUAAUCCACAUCAUUUACUCGCGCAUGGACAAGGAUCCUAACUUUAGCAGUAUGGUAAAGAUACUGGGCGCGAAGGUGCCACUGCUGCGUGCAGUACACGUGCGUACGAAUCUCCAGUGUGACAUAAACUUUAGCAAUGCGCUCGGUUGUUACAACAGCAAAUUCAUCCACGCCAUCAUGAAGUUCGAUGUGCGUAUCCAUCAGCUCACGCUGAUAGUGAAGUUUUGGGCACAGUGUGCCUACAUUCUAACGCCCCAGAAGCAGAUGAACUCGUACUGCCUGAUCAUGAUGGUGAUAUUUUACCUGCAGACCCGUAAACUGCCCGUCAUACCGUCCAUCGAGGACAUGCAGCAAGGCAUCGCACGCGUCAACUUUGGCCCGUGGAAUUUGGGCUAUCCGCAGGAGAUUCGUUACAAAACGUGGAACGUCAACAGCGUGCGGGGACUGCUGAUGGGCUUCUUUAAGUAUUAUAUGGAGUUUGAUUUUGCCAAAAACGUUAUCUCACCGUACGUUGGAAGGUUGUGUUCGCUGGAGGAGCUGGAGAAGCGGACAGUCCGUGAGCUGGCCCCGUACUAUAGGGCGGUGGAACGUGAAGACUAUCCGGAGUUUAUUGGUGGCCCGUGCAUAUCGAUACAGGAUCCGUUUGAGCUAAAUGUGAACGUUGGAAAGGUGAUGCGGAUGAGCGCGUUGUUCGAUCAAAUGAAGCUGAGUUUAAUGCAUGCUUACGACCAUUGCCAGCGGUUUCAGAGCAAGGAUUUUUCCAAGCUGCUCAUAGCGCUGUUUACCGAUGUGCAGCGCUGUCUCAAGAAGACGAAGGAAACAAAGGAUCCCAAAGCUCCCGUACCGUCCACUUCGUCUAGUGCGAGUCCUACUGUAAAAAUGAUCAAUGGUACGGUAGGGCCACAACCGGGACCAUCCACUGGAAGUAGUGCACCAAAACCCGGCUGCUCGUACACGUGCCGGUUGCCACCGUUCGAGAACGAGCUAUACCUGGUGAAGCAGAUACUACAGGCACGGGAUCCGGAUCGCAAAAUAGUCAUCACGGAGGAACGGGUCAAACAGCUGUGGUUAGAAUGUAUGCCCGAUUUUAUCGUGGACAUACUGCGCAAGCUGUACAUGUUGCAGGUGGAAUCGAUCGAUACACCCGGGACGGGUGAACCGUGCACCAAUCGCACGUAUCAGCUCACGUGCGAACGGCAGGUAUUUAUUGCCCGCAAGCGCAUUAGCAUUUCAAACGAGGCAGAUUUGAAGCGCGAAAUUGAAAUAUCCAAACUGAAGUGGGAACGAAACCAUGCGUUACAGUUUAGUACGCGGGCGGAGAUGGUUGUGGUUGACGGUGCGAUCGAGCUGCGGGUACCGAAUGAUCAGCCAAAGAAUGGUCCAUUUCGGUUGUUUAUCGAUACGUGCUUUCUUGUGCACAUUCGCAAAUGUUUGAGGGGCUACUUUAUGGUGAUGCUGGCGAAGACAAAAGAAAAAGCACGACAGCCAAAGCAGCACGAUCCGAACCCGGGUGUAGCGGUGGAUGGAUCGGUUGAAAUACUGCCAGCACAAUCGAAUGUUUGCGAAGGGAAAGCUACGACGGUUAGCACUAAUGUAGAAAAAGAAAUGGAUAGCUCACCGGCGUUAGCACCGCUGGAACAGCCAAUGACAACUAAUGGUACGGGUACGACGGUCAUAACCACCCAUACAAGUUAAUGUACGCUAUUAUAGUACUUAGUUUCGUAGGAUGGUUAAUUGUUUAUUUUUUAACCAUAUUUGCUUUACUUCAGUUUAGAAUAGGACACAGAGGGUGAAUUUUUUUUUCGUUAAUCAUAUAUUUUAUAUUUUGUUGUACCAUCCUUUCUUUUUCUUUUACAAUCCCUACAUGGUAAAUUACGUUAAGCACAAAAAAUGUAUCACUUUCUCACCGUGCCGAGGAGAUAUGCUUUUCGCAUUAAUAGUGACGAUAUAGCAGGAAGACAACACAAAAUACGAACGCAACAUGCAUGGUGGUGUUGUGUGAAAUGUGUGAGAAGACGUAUCUUAAGCUGAUAAUAAAUAUGAUUCAAGUGUUUCUUUUACAACA